CAGUUCACAAGGUGUGGUGCACUCAUUUUCAGGUGUGGCCUCCUUUGGGAACCAAGGGAAAGCUCUUCUUCCUGCUUGGUUUCUACCUUUAACCCGUGGGAAUAUACCCUGAUACAUCGAAACUACAAUCCAGGCCCAAGAGAGCAAGGCCAAGAAAAAGGUCAAGAUGGGGUUUAUAUUUUCAAAAUCUAUAAAUGAGAACAUGAAAAGCCAGCAGGAGUUCAUGCUUAUGAAUGCCCGACUUCAGCUGGAAAGGCAGCUAAUGAUGCAGAAUGAAAUGAGAGAAAGACAAAUGGCUCUGCAGAUUGCUUGGUCUCGGGAAUUCCUCAAAUAUUUUGCAACUUUUUUUGGUAUUGCAGCCAUCUCUUUAACAGCUGGAGCAAUUAAAAAGAAGAAGCCUGCCUUCCUCUUCCCUAUCGUUCCAUUAGGAUUUGUCCUUACCUACCAGUAUGACAUGGGCUACGGGACCCUUAUACAAAGAAUGAAAGAUUGUUGGAAUGCUGUGAUAAUUUGCAAAUUGUAGCCUGCCCUGUUGGGUUUGGAGUAUAAAUUAAUUGUGUGUUAAAAGAGGAAUACUUCAAGAAAACAACUGCCUUUAUUCCCAAGGAGAGUUUAUGGAAUGUCAACAACAUAUAUUAUAGUUUUUCAAAAUUUCGCUAGUCUUCAACAAUAAAAGUUGGCAAAUGUCACUGUGCCCAAGAAAUUACUAGCUAUUAUUUAAGAGGAAUUGUUUAUAAAAAUGUGUAUAUGUAUGUAUAUAUGGACUAAAGAACAUUUCAUAUUAUUUGGGGUAUUUAUAAGUAGUUUCAAGUCAAAGAUUAGCUUUCCUGAAAAAUUAGAGUUUUUUAGUAAACUUUAUUUUCUUCUCACGUCACUUAUGAUAUAAUAAGGGGCAACAAGAAGAACUAUAUGGGGUUUCACCACCCUAAACCCCUCCUAACACAACUAAUAGUUAUCAUCCUGACUUUCCUUCAAGGAAAAAAAAUAUUACUUGGUAUUCUUUCUCUUCUACAUUUUAAAAUGCUGUCUUCUGUCAAAUAAAGUCUCUGGCAACUUAUUUAUCUCUUUAUGAAUCUUCAGAAUUCAUUAUUGUGUUUCCUUUGGGAAGUCACUUCACCGGGGACAGUGGGUAAAAUAUUUAACUGUGAGAUCUGGGGGCAUGCCUCCACACAGUGUUACAGCAUGUCAGUGGAACACAACAAGUAGGUCUUCUCACAAAAUGCUGAUGACCCUUUUGUCACCUUGCACAUUUCUGUACUU